AUGGAUUCCGAUGAAGACGUUUAUAUGGUAGAAAGUGAUUCCGAUGACGGUUACCCAGAAGAUGAGAUUCUCAGUUUUGAAGAUUUGGAAAGCGAGAUGAAGGCAUCAAUAUCAGAAAUUCAAGAUGUCAUUGAGGGAAGCACGGAUAUAUGUCGUCUGCUCCUUCAAAAAUACAAAUGGAAUAAAGAUUUCAUGUUGGAUCGAUUUUAUGAAAGCCCGGAUACUCUUGCUUUUCUGAUUGAUGCUAAUAUUGUUCCGAAACAAUCUGCAGUGUUUUCCAAAGGAGAUGUCGAAUGUCAGAUUUGUUGUAUGGAUGGUGACUUAUCUGGUCUCGCAUGUAAUCAUCUAGCAUGUGAUGAUUGUUGGAAAGCAUAUUUGACCGAAAAAAUCAAAGAAAAGCAGAGUGAAAUUGAAUGUAUGACAUCGAACUGCAAGUUGCUAAUGAAAGACGAACAAGUGAAAAAGUAUCUUGCCGACUCUGCUGCUAUCGCUUCAUUCCGAAAAAUUCUAGUCAAUAGCUAUGUGAAAGUCAACAGUUCUCUUCGUUGGUGUCCAGCAGAGAAUUGUGAAAAGGCCGUGAAGGUUCAUCAACCUUCGGAAUCCCGCCUCCUUAUUUGUUCAUGUGGAACCCGCUUCUGUUUCACUUGUGGCAACGAAGGCCACGAACCAAUAGAUUGUUGCUAUCUUAAAUUAUGGUUGAAAAGAUGUAUGGAUGACAGUGAGACAUUUAAUUGGAUCAAUGCCAACACAAAAGAUUGCCCGAAAUGUUCGGCUCCAAUUGAAAAGAAUGGUGGAUGCAAUUACAUGAGAUGCGAGAAUACCCGAUGCCGUUAUGAGUUCUGUUGGAUGUGCUUCGGAUCAUGGAAGAACGAAGGAGCACACAGUUGUAACACAUUCAAAGAGAAAAAAACAGAAAAUUCCUCUCGCGAUAAAUCUAGAGUUAGUCUAGAAAGAUAUCUCUUCUACUACAAUCGAUAUGCGGGUCAUCGAAAAAGUUUGGAAUUGGAGGAGAAGCUCAAAGAACGAGUAGAGCUCAAGAUGAAUGAAAUGCAGAAACAAUCAAUGACAUGGGUGGAAGUUCAGUUCUUGCCCAAAGCUGUAGAAGUACUAUCCGAAUGCCGUCAUACACUCAUGUUCACCUAUGCAUUCGCAUUCUAUCUCAAAAAGAAUAAUAGUUCGAUAAUUUUCGAAGAAAAUCAAAAAGAUCUCGAACAAUCAACAGAGCAACUAUCCGGGUUUUUGGAACGUGAUUUAGACAACGAAGAUCUGGUGACACUGAAAGUGAAGGUGCAAGAUAAAUAUCGUUACGUUGAGCAACGUCGAAAGGCUCUGUUGGAUCAUUGCGCAGAAGGGAAGGAACAGAACGUUUGGGUUUUCAACGAGUAA